AUGAUGUUCACUGGUCAGGACAAUGCCGAAGAAUAUGGCGAGAUAUUCGAAUGGGGGGAGCACCCGGAGGCGCUUGACUGGCUUCAGUCCGGCCGUGGUUUAAGCUCGGGUAACGGGCUCGAUCCAGUUCCACGAACCGCAUCCCACUGCGAAGUUUCCUUUCCGAACUGCGCGGCAUAUGGGUCGGCGCUUUAA